UUCCCUUUUUUCUUUAUAAUAUCCCCUUUUAUUUUUUAAUUUACUAUUUUCCUAUUAUAUUAUUUAUAAUUACAAUUUUCCCUCUGUAUCUUCUUUCCUUCUUACCAACCACCUUCAAACAAUCUGUCCUCUUUCUCAAAUCUAAUCUCCUAUAUAAUUUCCCAGAAUCUCUAUCCAGUUUCUACGCAUUAAUUCAAUCCCAGACUUUUGUUUUCUUCUAGAAAAUCCCUCAUCAAUUUUUCUUUCCAUUAAUAUCAUAAUCCUUUAUCUUGUUUAAAGUCUUGAUUUUUAUUCUAUUGAUUUCAUUCAAUUUGUCAACUCCCCAUCAAAAUUACCAUUUUUUUUUUGGAUAUUUAAACCCUUUAAAUUUAAAGGAUUAGAUCAGGGUUUGAUAGAAUUCUUUAAAAAAACAACACACAUCUUGUUGUAUUUCUAUACUUUUUCUGAUUUGGGUUUUUGAAAAAUAAGAUUAUUAUUAUUUUUUCAUAUUGUUAAAUUCUGGGGAAAUUUAAACCCUUUCAAUUGUGAAGAAUUUGAUUAAACUGUAUAAAUAAACAAAAAUUUUGUUUGAAUUUAUACAUUUUCUGAUUUUGGUUUUUUGAAAGAUUAGAUUUUUAUACUGAGGACAGAUUAUUAUUUUCCAUAUUGUUAUAUUUGUUGGGUAAAAGGUGAUUUUUUUUUUAUUUUUAGUUUUUGAUCAUAUAAAUGGGGAAUUGUUGUAUAACACCAAAGGGUGGUGAAGGUGUAAAGAAGAAAAAAGGGAAAAAAAAUAAGCAAAAUAGAUUUGCUACUGAUUAUGGCAAUGGAGGUUCUAAAUUGAUAGUUUUGAAAGAUCCUACAGGACAUGAUAUUGAGGAGAAUUAUGAACUAGGAAAAGAGCUUGGAAGAGGUGAAUUUGGGGUUACAUAUUUGUGUACUGAUAAAUCAAAUGGUGAUGUUUUUGCUUGUAAGAAAAUAUCCAAAAAGAAGCUAAAAACAGCCAUUGAUAUUGAGGAUGUUAGGAGGGAAGUUGCAAUAAUGAGGCAUAUGCCUAAACAUCCUAAUAUUGUAACACUUAAGGAUACGUUUGAGGAUGAUCAUGCUGUACAUUUGGUCAUGGAGUUGUGUGAAGGUGGUGAAUUGUUCGAUCGAAUUGUUUCGAGAGGACAUUACACUGAAAGGGCUGCUGCUGUUGUGUUGCGCACCAUUGUUGAAGUUGUUCAGGCAUGCCACAAGCAUGGAGUAAUGCAUAGAGACCUUAAACCUGAGAACUUCCUUUUUGCUAAUAAGAGGGAAGCAUCCCCUUUGAAAGCUAUCGAUUUUGGGCUCUCGGUGUUCUUCACUCCCGGAGAAAGAUUCGAUGAAAUCGUGGGAAGCCCAUACUAUAUGGCCCCUGAAGUACUUAAAAGAAACUAUGGCCCUGAAGUAGACAUAUGGAGUGCUGGAGUUAUCCUCUACAUCUUGUUGUGUGGUGUUCCGCCUUUUUGGGCAGAAACCGAGCAAGGAGUAGCACAAGCAAUUAUCAGGUCUGUCCUAGAUUUCAAGCGGGAUCCAUGGCCUAGAGUUUCAGAUAAUGCAAAAGACCUUGUACGAAAAAUGCUUGAUCCUGAUCCUGCACGCCGACUUACUGCUCAGCAAGUGUUAGAUCACCCUUGGUUACAGAACAUUAAAAAGGCUCCGAAUGUUUCUUUAGGCGAAACGGUGAAAGCUAGACUCAAACAAUUCUCUGUUAUGAACAAGCUCAAGAAAAGAGCUCUAAGGGUAAUUGCAGCGCAUUUGUCAGUGGAGGAAGUUGCAGGGAUGCAAGAAGUAUUUGAAUUGAUGGACACCGGGAGAAGGGGGAGAAUAGGAAUCGAUGAAUUAAAAGUCGGGCUGCGUAAGGUCGGGCAUCAGAUUUCAGACACGGAUGUGCAGAUUCUAAUGGAUGCUGGUGAUGUAGACAAGGACGGAUACUUGAAUUACGGAGAGUUUCUAGCAAUAGCCGUUCAUCUAAAGAAAAUGGGCAACGAUGAGCACCUACAAAAGGCCUUCUUGUUUUUCGAUCGAAAUAGAAGCGGCUAUAUUGAAAUAGAAGAGUUGAGGGAUGCUUUAUCUGAUGAUGAGCUCGAUGACAAUAGCGAGGAGGUUAUAAGUGCGAUUAUGAGAGACGUUGAUACUGACAAGGAUGGGCGAAUAAGUUACGAGGAGUUUUCCACAAUGAUGAAAGCUGGAACGGAUUGGAGGAAAGCGUCAAGGCAGUAUUCACGAGAACGAUUCAAUAAUCUAAGCUUAAAGUUGAUGAAGGAUGGCUCAUUGCAAAUGGCGAAUGAGGGAAGAUAACCCUUACCCUUGGUGUGCUUAAUACAAGAGCUCGGAUUUUUCUCGAUUUAUUGUGUAUUCAUAAAUGAGCUAAGAUUGGAUCCCUUCGGUUUUGUCAAAACCGUGAUAACCCAUGAUCAAGUUUAGGGAAUGGAUGCCUAAGAGACUAUUCGAUCUUCGCAUUUUUCAUCGGAAGAGAAUAUCGUGUGAGAAUCUUCCUUGGUUGUUUUCCCUUUUCUUCGGGGAAAUGAUGAAAAAGCUCGGUUUUUGGGUGUAAAUAUCUGUAAUUUCUCGAAUAUGUGAAUUCAUAAUCCUGGUUCAUACUUGUGUGUUGUGUUCAUGUUCUUGGAUUUUACAAAUAAAUGUUGAACCAUUCACAUAAUUAUGUUGACAAGUACAUGGAAAGAAAAUUUAUUUAUUUA